AUCCUUCUCGGCCUCCUCCCUAGACUCCUGGCAACAGGCGUGCGUUGUUUGUCUUAGGGGAACCCAGCCUGGGGUUGCUAUGGAGACAUGACGCUGCGACUUGCAGAGCAACUAGGACCCAGAUAUCGCCUAGCAAACCUAAGCAAAGCCAGUGCCCUGCGUUGCUGCCUUCCAUAUCUGCACGCCCUCUUCAUCCAAAACUUUUUUUUUCUCUUAACUCCUUCCAUGGAAGAUUCCAUCCCCGUCAACCAAAAAAUAGAACACCAAGAACUUGUGGAAACAGGGCGGCCGUGGGAAGAAACGGUAACUACUUCCCAAGCUCCUGAGCUUGGAUUAUCCGAGGCCCUAGAGUUGGAGCAGGGGCCAGAAACUGGACUCCAGCCCAGGAGCAGCCCUCCUAGGAUGCCCCUCUCUGGAACCAGAACGCCGGAUCGACCUGUGGAUGACCUCGUAGGACUACGCCCAUCAUUUCCAUCUUCCGCAUUUCAGGAGCUCCCUUCCACUCUUUCUCCCCUGGCUCUGGCCAGGCGGGACUUUAUGGCACCAUGGCAGUCAGACAAGACCACUAGUGUUAUUUCUGAAGCGGAGACACCUCAUUUUGGCCAUUUGGAACAAUUAUCUGAUAAAGGUGGAUCAACUCCUCAUCAAACAUGUCAAUCAAAGGGAAACACGUUUCAUCAAUCUCAGCAAACUAAAUAUCCCCUGUAUGAACUGAGGGAUGUGAGCGACCACACCUCUAAACAGAAAGAGCUGAGAUUUGACAUUUUUCAAGAAGAUGACUCAGACAGUAACUGUCAUCUAGAUCAGCCUGAGUCUGGGGCUUCUCAAGUGGCCCCCAGCAUGCUUGAGAUUGCCAUUCAGAAUACUAAGGCUUACCUACUGAAGACCAGUAGCAAGUCGGGCUUAAAUCUAUAUGAUCAUCUUUCUGAAAUGCUGACCAAGGUCUUAGAUAAGCGUCCUGAAAAUGCUGUGGACAUCAUUGAAAAUAUUAGCCAAGAUGUCAAGAUGGAACAUUUUAGUAAAAAAUUAGAUACACUCCAAAAUGAGAAUGAGAUGCUUCCAACCUAUGAAAUGGCAGAGAAGCAGAAAACUCUUUUUCUUCAGGGAAAUUUAGAAGGAGCUGACCAAGAACUGGAAGAUGAAAUAGCAGAACACGCUCUUCCAAACAUUAUGGAAUCAGCUUUUUAUUUUGAACAAGCUGGAGUUGGUUUGGGCACAGAUGAGACUUACCGCAUAUUUCUUGCCCUCAAGCAGCUUACUGACACCCACCCAAUCCAAAAAUGUCGUUUCUGGGGCAAGAUCUUAGGUCUGGAAAUGAAUUAUAUUGUAGCUGAAGUGGAAUUCCGUGAGGGAGAAGAUGAAGAGGAGGUGGAAGAGGAAGACGUACCUGAAGAGAGGGACAACGGAGAUAGUGAAGCUGAUGAAGACGAUGAAGAUGAAUUACCAAGGCCCUUUUACAAGGCCCCACAGGCUAUUCCAAAAGAAGAAAGCAGAACAGGUGCCAACAAAUACGUCUAUUUUGUUUGCAAUGAACCAGGAAGACCAUGGGUGAAGUUACCAGCAGUGACACCUGCACAAAUCGUUAUUGCAAGGAAAAUCAAAAAGUUUUUCACUGGGCGAUUGGAUACCCCCAUUAUAAGCUACCCACCCUUCCCAGGAAAUGAGAGUAAUUACUUACGUGCACAAAUUGCCAGAAUUUCAGCAGGGACCCAUGUCAGCCCACUAGGAUUCUAUCAUUUUGGUGAAGAAGAAGAAGAGGAAGAAGAAAUAGAAAGUGGGCGAGAUAGCUUUGAAGAAAACCCUGAUUUUGAAGGCAUCCAAGUGAUUGAUCUAGUGGAAUCCCUAUCCAAUUGGGUUCAUCAUGUACAGCAUAUCCUGCCUCAGGGUCGCUGUAAUUGGUUCAACCCCAUACAAAAAAGUGAGGAGGAAGAGGAAGAAGAAGAUGAAGAAAAAGAAGAAGAAAAAGGAGAAGAGCCUGACGACACAGAACAGGAAGUGGGGCCUCCACUCUUGACACCAAUCUCUGAAGAUUUAGAGAUUCAGAAUACAUCGCCUUGGACAACACGGUUAUCCUCAAAUCUCAUUCCUCAAUAUGCGAUUGCCGUCCUUAGAUCCAACCUUUGGCCUGGGGCAUAUGCCUUUUCCAAUGGCAAAAAGUUUGAAAAUUUCUACAUAGGCUGGGGUCAUAAAUAUAGUCCAGACAGCUAUACACCUCCAGUUCCACCACCUGUUUAUCAAGAGUACCCCAGUGGACCAGAAAUUACGGAAAUGGAUGAUCCUACUGUGGAAGAAGAGCAGGCUUUCAGGGCUGCACAAGAAGCAGCAGCAAAUUCAACAGAGGAGAAUGAAGAAACUGAGGAAGAGGAAGAUGAGGAAGAUGAUUAUGACUAAUACAAGUAGAAUUAGCCCAGUCUCAUGAGACUGAUACACACAUACUCCUUAUUUGGGACUGAUUUAUAUAUAUAAAUUACAACUAUUCAUGUGUAGAAUAUCAUUCCCUGAAAAUAAAAAUUUGUAAUUUCA